AUGCCAUGCGUGCAGCUUAACUGGUGGUAAAUCGUAGCUUGGUCGAUCCAAAUCCAGAUUAACCAUGCAUAGACUAUCACAACAAAAAGGCAAGACCAUGGUGAGCAUGAAGCAGCAGCAUGUCACUCGCGCAACCGCUGCCGUAGUGGCCGUGCUGCUGCUGCUCAUGGUGGCGGCCCCCGGUGGCGCGGCGGCACAAGGUCGUAGAGGAGGAGGAGGAGGAGGACGUGGAUACGGAUAUGGCGGUAGUGGUGACCAUGAAUGGGGAGGCGAAGGUGGUGGUCUGAGCAUGGAUUACUACUCCAUGACGUGCCCGCACGCCCAAGACAUCGUGCGCGGCGUGGUGUUCAAGGCGCUGGACAAGGACCCCACCCUGGCGGCGUCGCUGCUCCGGCUUCACUUCCACGACUGCUUCGUCCGCGGCUGCGACGCCUCGGUGCUCCUCGACUCCACCAAGGCCCACGGCACCGCCGAGAAGGACGCGCUCACCGACAAGUCCCUGCGCGGCUUCGAGGUCAUCGACGCCGUCAAGGCCGCCCUCGAGGCGCAGUGCCCCGGCACCGUCUCCUGCGCCGACGUCCUCGCGCUCGCCGCCCGGGACUCCGUCUUCAUGGCUGGGGACCUCUACUACAUGGUGCCCAUGGGCCGCAAGGACGGUUACGUCUCCCGCGCCGCCGACACCUCCGCGCUCCCCGCCGCGACGCUCAACGCGUCCGAGCUUAUCAAGGUGUUCGUCGGUGACCACGGCUUCACCGUGCCGGAGCUCGUGGCGCUCUCCGGCGCCCACACGCUCGGCCAGGCCCACUGCGCCAACUUCAAGAACCGGCUCAGCGGCUUCGGCAAGGCCGGCAAGGACCCCACGAUGGAGGCCUGGAUGGCGGCGUCCCUGGCCAAGACCUGCAAGGCCGGCGGCGACGGCGCCACGGCCAAGCUCGACGCCACCAGCAACGCCUUCGACGUCGAGUACUACAAGGGCCUGCAGGCCAGGAGGGGUCUGCUGACGUCCGACCAGACGCUGCUCACCGGGUCGCCGGAGACGGCCACGUAUGUGAAGCAGUUCGCCGACAGCCCGGACGACUUCUUCGAGACGUUCGUGCAGGGGAUGGGGAGGAUGGGGCAGCUGGACCUCAACCCGGACGGCAACGUCAGGAUCAGCUGCAGGGUGCUCAACUAAUUGACCUCCUCGCAUGCCCACUAAUAAUAAGCAAACAUGCAUAAAUGAACUCGUGCUUGGUAGGUGCAAAGCAUGAUCAAUGAAAUGAACUUGUCAAUUAGAGGAGGAGAGGAGAAAUGGUUCUAGUAGAAAGCAAUGCUUUGAUCAUGCAUGCAUCAUGCUCCUUCCCAAAUAUUGGCAGUUCUUGGUUCUAGCAAGAUUUUACAAGAAGAAGAAGAAGAAGAAGAAGAAGAAGAAGAGAAAAGACUACUUUUACCCCUUCAACUAAUUGAGAAGUGCAUAUUUCGUACCUUCAC